UCGGAGAGCGCGAGGACAGAGGGCACGUUCCAGGUCACCAUGCUGCCCGGGGACGGCGUGGGGCCGGAGCUGACACACGAGUUCUGUCCCUGACAAAUGAGUCUCCCGCAGGCUGCCAGCGUGCCCGUGGUGUUUGACGAGCAUCACCUGAGCGAGGUGCAGAACACUGCGUCGGAGGAGAAGCUGGAUCAGGUGGUGGACUCCAUGAAGGAAAGCAAAGUGGCGCUUAUAGGGAAGAUCCACACCCCCAUGGAGUACAAGGGCGAGCUGGCUUCCUACGACAUGAGGCUCAGGCGCAAGUUAGACCUGUUUGCGAACGUCGUGCACGUGAAGAGCUUGCCGGGCUACAAGACGCGCCACAACAACCUGGACCUGGUGAUCAUCCGGGAGCAGACGGAGGGGGAGUACAGCUCGCUGGAACACGAGUCGCAGCGCAUCGCCAAGUUCGCCUUCGACUUUGCCACCAAGAAAGGGCGCUCGAAGGUCACGGCGGUGCACAAAGCCAACAUCAUUCACUCUGGGAUGCCUGCUGCUGCCCUUUACCCCAAGAUCAAGUUCGCCACCAUGAUCAUCGACAACUGCUGCAUGCAGCUGGUGCAGAACCCGUACCAGUUCGACGUGCUGGUCAUGCCCAACCUCUACGGGAACAUCAUCGACAACCUGGCGGCCGGGCUGGUGGGUGGCGCCGGCGUGGUGCCUGGGGAGAGCUACAGCGCCGAGUACGCCGUCUUCGAGAUG